GGGGGUGGGGGGGGGGGGAGGGGUUGGGUGGGGGACAUAGUCGGCGAACAUUUGACAGUUCCCUCGAACUAUGGAAGAGCAGAAGGAUCAAAACAAUCGCGUGGAGAGUCGAGAGUCGAGCGAGGGGGAGAGCGUUUCUCUCUCGCCCCCUUUUCAGUCUCCCCAAAUACAGCCCCAUGCCGCGGCGCCGCCGCCGCCUCCGCCGCACAGAAACACCAACUUCUUCAUCGACAAUAUCCUGAGGCCGGACUUCGGGUGCAAGAAGGAUAGGGACCGGGCGCAGACAUCGGGCAGAGAAAACGUCAAUCCGCUCAGCAGGCCGUCGAACGCCUCGAGUUUGAGCCCGAAUUCAGACUGUACUGACAGCUCCUCUCAGCCCUCCAAGCAGUCCCAACCAAAGCAAAGCGAAGGCAGUGGAACUAACUCGGCAAAGUACGCGGAAAACACUGGCUCCGCGCUUAUGCUUGUGGGCGCCAAUGCAGAACCUAUAUCUAACAAUGAUGGAAUCAAAUCAGCACCAUCUCUAAUGUGGCCUGCCUGGGUUUAUUGCACUAGAUAUUCAGACAGACCCUCUUCUGGUCCCCGCACUCGAAAACUGAAGAAGAAGAAGAGCGAGAAGGAGGACAAGCGGCCGCGGACAGCGUUCACAGCCGAGCAGCUGCAGAGACUCAAAGCCGAGUUCCAGACCAACCGCUAUAUCACCGAGCAGCGGCGGCAAACUUUAGCACAAGAACUCAGUCUGAACGAGUCCCAGAUCAAAAUCUGGUUCCAGAACAAGAGGGCCAAGAUCAAGAAAGCCAGUGGUCUGAAGAACAGCUUGGCUCUCCAUCUAAUGGCCCAGGGACUUUACAAUCAUUCCACCACAACAAUUCAAGAUGAUAAGGAAGAGAGUGACUGAAGUUGUUCCGUUUUAUUCUAUUGAAAUAAAGGACUGUGACAGGUGCUAUUUAAAUUCGAUCUGCGUGUAUCUAUAUGGACUGAAUUAUAAUUCAAGCAUUUUAAGAUUAUAUAUAACCAAACACAUUAUGGCGUUGUAUAUAUUUAAUUUCAGGUAAGGAGAUGUCUAGCGAUCCCUACUUGACCGAGAUUUUAUCCCUUUCGUUUUCAAUGUUGUCGUUAAUUGUUUUAGUCAAUGUCAGUCAGGUUUAGAGAUUUUAUGUGAACCCGGUCUUUUCUGAACUUGUUCAGAAAUAUAGAGAGACUACAUAAUGAAUCGCCGCUACAUGCCAAAGAUUUUACUAUGUUCAGAAUGAUGUAGCUUCAAAUAAAAUACAGAUUGUGCUCAGUGCGCAUUCUCUCUAAUAAGCUGGUAUUGUACUUGUUCUUUUCCUACUGAAAUCCGGUUUUGGUUUAAGGGACCCAUUCAAAUGCGGCAAGCGUCAAGGAAAGUGAACUCAAAGCUGGCAGUGUUAUUUAAACAGUGGUUCUGGUUUAUAUCACCAUCACAAACCCGGCAAUUUUAGCUGGAGCCAACGUUGCUUUGUAAAGGACAUCGCGAUUGGAUUUUAAAAUAAAGCAAUCCCGCACAGUGUCAUUGUUGGCGGAAGUAGAACUUCUACAUUAAAGUCUGUAAAUAAUAUGCAAUCAACUAAUAUGAUCAAAUUAGUUCCCUAAAAAGAAACCUUGAGAUUUCUUAUGGUGCACCUUUAGGCACUAUUACAAAAAUAAGUAAAAGUUAUAUUGCUAUACGUUCCACCCGAGUCCAAUGCACUAACUCAGUGUGCUGAAUUCAAAUAAUUAAUGUCCUGAUUUUGGAGGCGCGGUUUCUAUUUACUUUCCUUGAUUUUCGGUGAGCCCGUGCAUAAUGACACUUCCAAAAUUCAAAUUGGAGAUACUGUUUUUCAAGACCUUGCAUGUAUGUUACAUAAAGGUACAAAAAUAUUCCACUUUAUGUAUUCUAAACGUAAAUUGAUACAUUCACUGCUGAAACAAAAUGACGAAGAA